AUGGCAGAGCCCAAAACUCCACCACACCUUCACACCACGACACCAUCCACAACUCCCCCAUCCACAACUCCACCACACCUUCACACCACGACACCAUCCAGAACUCCACCACGCCUUCACACCACGACACCAUCCACAACUCCACCACACCUUCACACCACGACACCAUCCAGAACUCCACCACGCAGAACUCCACCAAAAGCAAAUGAAUAUUGUUCCUUAAGCCCCAAAAAACCUAGACCACCUACACUCCCUACGUUGCAUGAAAUACCGGUACGGUUGCCCGGACUACCCACCACUCCCAAAACCUACUUGGACAUCCAAAAACAAGAUUAUCCUCGUUGCCCCGAGGUCAUCCAAAGCACGGAGCCUCGUCGGCGGCACCUCUGCCUCUGCAUUAUCUCCUCCAUUAGUCUCUCCCUAGUCUUGAUUGUUUUAGGCGCCAUCGGCGUUUGGUGUCUAAUUCUGCAGCCAAAAGAGCCGGAGUACUCCAUCGACCAUGUCUCGGUCACCGGCUUUGGUGGUUUUCGGUCCAUUCGAGAGUUUCAAGUAGGUGUUAGAGUAGAAAACCCUAAUAAAAUCAAGGGCAUGUAUUAUUAUAGUAAGGGCAGCUAUGUUGAUGCUUAUUACACCAAUGUGAUUAUAAGUAAUGGGGUGUGGCCAAGGUUUUAUCUGCCAUCCGACACCGUCACGACUGUAAAUUUGGUGUUGAAGGGGGACGUUUUAUCGAAGGUUGUUCGAAAUGGGCUGAGAGAGGAAGAGGUGUCGCUUAGGUUUGAUUUGAAGACGCCGGUGAGGUUCAAGGUUGGGUGCAUGAGUCUGUGGAAGACUCUGGUGAAGGGCUCUUGUAAUGUGACUGUCGCUAACUUGACAGUACCAGAGGCUAAUAUUGUUACCACUUCUAAGGGUUGUGAAGUUAAAUUGGAACUAUGGCCUUUUUGA